AUGAUGGACAGAAAGGCGGUGAUCAAAAAUGUGGACAUGUCGGAGGAGAUGCAACAGGACUCGGUGGAGUGCGCGACCCAGGCGCUGGAGAAAUACAACAUCGAGAAGGACAUCUUGGCCCACAUCAAGAAGGAGUUUGACAAGAAGUACAACCCCACCUGGCACUGCAUCGUGGGGAGAAACUUUGGUAGUUAUGUGACACAUGAAACUAAGCACUUCAUCUACUUCUACCUGGGCCAAGUUGCCAUUCUUCUGUUCAAAUCUGGUUAAAGCAUGGACUGUGCCCACACACCCAGUGAUCCAUCCAAAAAACAAGGACUGCAGCCUAAAUUCCAAAUACCAGAGACUGAAAUCUUCAUCCUUGCUAAGAGAACGCCUCCAUCUUUCAACCUUUGUUGUGUUUUGUACAGGACCUUCCUCUGCACCAGUUUGUUGUGGUUAUAAAGCAAUUAG